GUGCGGUAAGAUCAGCGUGGUGCUCAUGUGCUUUCUGUUCCCUGCUCUGGUGCCCUGGUAUAUCUGGGCGGAGAGUCUGUGGAAUUCCUACUUCUUGGUCUCCAUCCUCUGCUAUGCCAGCUCCCUCAGUGGCGCCUGGCUGGUCAACAGUGCCACCCACAUGUAUGGAAACCGGCCCUAUGACAAGAACAUCAGCUCUCAGCAGAAUUUACUUGUCACUCUGGGUGCCAUUGGUGAAGGCUUCCACAACUACCAUCACACCUUUCCCUUUGACUACUCCGCCAGUGAAUUUGGCCUAAAUUUCAACCCAACUACCUGGUUCAUUGACUUCAUGUGCUUUCUGGGGCUGGCCACUGACUGCAAACGGGCCACCAAGCUGAUGAUCGAGGCCCGGAAAGCCAAGACUGGAGAUAGCAGUGCCUGA